AUGACGGCCAUCCCGCUGCACACGCUCUUCUCCAAGGCCGAAGCGGCCGCGGUCAAGGUCUCGCCAAACGCCAAAUACCUCGCGUGGAUGGCGAGGACCAAUGGCGGCGCGCUAAAUCUCUUCUGCGCGUCGCUGCCCUUGCGUCCGCCAAGCAACGUCAACAGCGGCAUCCCCGGCGGCCGUCAGCUGACCGCGUGCCAGAGUCGUGACAUCUGCUUCUACUUCACCUUCACCCGUGACGACUCCCGCAUCCUCUACCUGCGUGAAACGGAGCACGGCAGCGAGCUGUAUCACCUGUACGCCAUCGACAUUGAGCAGACGCAGGCACCCUUGAGCGGUGGUGGCAUCGAUCUGCUGGCGGCGCAUCCAAAAGUCACGUGCUGCGUCGGCUUCGUUGGCGGCCUGCAGCUCUGGCUGCCGAGAAGCGACCCCAACAUCGCCAUCAUCUCCACGGGUCGAGGCUCGCUGCUCUGGGAUCUCAGCGAGCUCAACCUCGCCUCGGGCUCGCUGCGCACCGUUGCGGCCAACCCGGCGAGCACGUGGCUCGGCAUUGCUCGACUCCUCGCCGCGCUGCUGCUGCACAUAAUCCUCGUCGUCGUGUGCCGCGUGCUGGAGAUGAUCACCCUGGGGCUCGCUACGCCGGUCCUUCGCGCCGUCCAAUACUUAGCUCCGCCACCGGCGGCGCCCGUCCAAUACUUUGUCGACCGUAGUGGCACGCUCAUUGGGAUCGCCUCGGCGGCCCUAGGCCUGCCCAGCGGCGAGAAGAGCCGAGUGCCGUGGCCGCCAGGCGUCGCGCUGCGCUUCACGAAGCGCCUGCGCCGCGGCGGCUUCGCGCCCGUCUGCGCCGACAUCCCCUUUAGCGAUCUCAACAUGCAGCUCGUAGGGUCUGGCGCCGCCUCCGGCCGGCUGCGUCUCGUGCGCGUGGGCGAGGGCGACGCGGUCGCCAUCCACACGUGCGACACGGCGGAUACCACGGCGUACGUGCGCUUCGACAGCUCCGAGGCCCCGCCCGCCAUCCUCGCGCAGAGCCCGCGUGCCGACAUCUCGGGCUUUUACGAUUCGCCGCUCAGCGGGGAGCUCGAGGCGAUCGUGGUGACCGCGCAGCGGAGCGAGGUGGUGCCACUCAGCGAGGGCGGCCGUCGGCUGCAGGCGGAGCUCGCGCGCGUGCGUGCCGCGAUCGACGACGCGAACACCGCGGGCGGCGCUGACGAGACACUCGAGCUGAGCAUCGCCUCACGCAGCCUGGCAGACGACGUAUGGGUCGUUCGCAGCCAGUCGGACACCGCGCCCGCGACCUUCUGGCUCCUCGCUCCGUACACGUCGGGCAGCCCUCGCGAGCUCCUCUGCGCGCGCCCGGCGCUGCGCGGCCUCUCUGCGGCCCUCUCGCCCAUGGCGGCGGUCAGUAUCCCCGCGCGCGACGGCGAGCAGCUGCCAGGCUACUUGACGCUCCCGCGUGCGCACCAACGGCUGUGGUCCGCCGGCGCCUCCGACGCUUCUUCCACCCCACCACCACCGCCGCUCGUCCUCUGCAUCCACGGCGGGCCCAACGAGCGCGACUACGCGGGCUUCGACCCGUGGGUGCAGCUCCUCGCGGCGCGGGGCAUGGCGGUGCUCUCAGUCGACUAUCGCGGCUCGACGGGGUAUGGGCGGCGCUUCUGUAACCUGGCGCACGGCAACGUGCGCGGCAUGCACGAGGACGUGGAGGAUGCACGCCGAUGGGCCGUGGCCACUGGCCUCGCCGCGCCCCACCGGAUCGCCAUCCUUGGGGCCAGCUGGGGCGGCUACCUGGCACUGGGCGGUGCGACCGAGGUGGCGGCGGCCACCACCGCGUCGGACGACGACGCGGCGGCCUCACCGCGCUACGCGGCUGUCGUCGCUAUCGUGCCGCUCGUCGCCGUUGGCGCCGCAAAUACGUCGCCCGCGUUCCGCAGCGACCCGCUCGUUGCGCAGUAUUGGAGGCAGCUCUACGGCCCCAGUGUGGCUAAGGACGUCAAGGCCGCAGCCGCGCUCUCGCCGCUGCAUCGCCUCGAGAAUCUCGACAAGGCGGUGAAGCUGCUGCUCGUGCACGGCGAGCGCGAUCCGAGGGUGCCGCGCGAGCACGGCGACGCGGUCGCGGCGGCGGCCAUGCGCGCUGGCCUCGCCGGUGCACACCUGACCUAUGCGCGAGAGGGCCACGCCAUCCGUCGCGAGCCCAACGUGCUGCACAUGUGGCAUGCGAUCGAGCGCUUCCUGUGUGACGCCUUCGCGCUGCCCGCACCGCCAGCGGUGGAGGCGCGCUUGUUCCAAGGCAACACGUGCACCGUGCAGUGGGACAGCGUCGGCGUGUAUGGAAUGUGCGAGGAGGAGAAGGCCGAUGCGGAGAAGACCUUGGCAUACUUGGCUUGGCGCCAUCCUCGCCUCGCUUCCUAUGACCCGCCACCAAGCGGCACUGUCUCUUCAUCAGCGUCGUCUUCGCCGCCGACAAAGGCUCCGCGUGUCGACGCUCUCGUCGUCCACGGCAACUCGAUGGUCGCGUGCCCUCUCGGAGCGGCCGACCUCUUUGUUGACGUGCUCUAUCCAGCGGGCUGCCGCGCUGUGAUUUUGACGGGUGGUGUCGGCCGCGAAACGCCACCCCUUUGGCUUGAGCUUGCGUCCCGCGGGCUCAAGCCGCUCUUCUCUUCCGAGCAUGGUGGUGGUUCUGCACCGCCGUGGUCGAAUGACCGUCCGCCUGCGCACGUGGCUCUGCCCGCCCAAGGCAUCUCCUCGAAGCCGGUGCUCGACGGCUUUGAUCUCACUCUCGCGCCCGAGGCGCUGCGCGCAUACGCGAGCGAGGCGGACGUGUUCCUCGAGCUCUUCCUCUCGCGCUGCCGCGAGCGCGGCCUGGGAGACUGUGUCGCUUUUGGAGGCAACCCGAUGGCCGACGGCAAAGACGACACGGCCACCGCCAGCCGUCGCCGUGACGGCGGCACCGCCUACGUGUAUCUCGAGACGGCGUCCACGCACACGGGCACGAACGUCGAGUUCUCACGCGCGACGCUGCGCGUGCUCGGGCUCGACGAUCAGACGGCAGCGGUUGCCGUCGUGCAGCAGCCUCAGCUUCAUCUGCGCACCUGCCUCACCUGGCAGAAGCAGACCGGCAGGCAGCCGCUCGGAUGGACCGUGCGCCCGACUGAGGCGGCUGUCGGUCGCAGCUUUGCCGAACAGCUUCGGUACGCCCUCGGCGAGGUCCGGCGUAUUCCGGCGUACGCCAAGGCGGACAAGGCCUUCUGCGUGAUGCCCGAUGACUUUCCGCACGAGGCGGCGCGCAGGCUGGAGGAGCUGGAGCCCACGAUACAGGCGGCGCUCGACCUCGAGGUCGCCGCGAAGGCAAGGGGAAGCGCGGCGGCGAAGGCGUGA